AUGUCGCUUUGGCCGAACUCAGGAAAGACCCGUGUUCCCUGGAUGACUGGUAUGACAAUUGCUGUUGUGAAAAAGUCCCAGAUUAUGUUCAUAAAAGGUUAUGGAAAAACAGCCAUAGACUCGGACACUCAAGUUACCGAACACACACUGUUUCUACUCGGUUCAAUUUCCAAAUCCUUUACAGCAACGCUACUUCUUAAGCUAAUGGAAAAGCAAAAUCCUCCAUUGGACCUCUCUACUAAUAUCAGGGAGAUGAUGGAGGGUGGUUUCGUCUUCUUUGAUAAGGAACGAACUCAAAAUGCCAACUUAGUGGACAUUCUAGCACACAGGAUGGGAAACCCUGAACAUGACUUUUUACGAUUAGAUCCUUCCAUAACUAGAGCAGAUUUACCUAGGCUGUUUAAACACAUGACACAGGGGAUAAAAAAAUUCAGAGAAUCUUUUAAAUAUUCCUGCAUGAUGUACGAAUUUGCCACAUACCUAACCGAAAAACUCGCUAAUGGUCAGCCAUGGGAAGACCUGGUGGCGAAAGAGAUCUUUGCUCCUCUUGAUAUGACAUCCUCUACGGUUGUAACAAAACUGCAAACUGUGGAAAAUGCUGCACAAGGAUAUUUUGAAAAAUCAUCAUUAGUACCUGUUCCAUUUGAAUUCAUCAGAUUGUGGCAAACCUGGGCAGGUUCGGGCGGAAUAAUGUCAAACGCUGUGGAUAUGGCGAAAUACAUGAACUUCCACCUCAGCAAUGUAGACAAAGACGGCAACAAAUUCAUGUCGGACAAAAACUUUGCUGCUCUGCAUCAAGAGCAUAAUAACAAAUUGUCAAAUUCCACUGUUAACAAAAUAUCUAAGGAACUAGAAGUACCAAUAAUUGAAAAUGGCUACGGUCUAGGCUGGAAACUAGGAAAAUACAGAGGACAUGACAUUCUCCAACAUAGCGGCACAACAUACGGUUAUUGUUCCUUUAUAACCCUUUUCCCCGAGCAAGAAAUCGGAAUCUUUACAGCUAUGAACGGAAAUGAUAAAAAACAUAUUAUAAGUUUGUUACUGCAUAGCUUCCUUUCUGAUGUUGCAUUAGAAGUGACACCAUAUUUGAAUGCUGAAUCCAUAUGCUCUAAGAUGAAGAGAUAUGCAGACGAAAAAAAUUCAAUCCAAAAUUUCGAAGAAAAAUAUUCAGUUCAAAAUUUCGAAGAAUAUGUAGGAGAGUAUACCAACAUAAUUUACGGAACCCUAAAAAUAAAAAAUAUCAAUUCCAAUUUGAGUUUAGAAUAUGGUAACUGCAAAUGGAUCCUCUGGAAACAAAAGGACGAGGAGAAGUUUUUGGCGAAAGGUACUGGGAUGAUCAAGGACUUGAUUGAUUUUGGUCCUAUUACAUUCCAGACCGAAAAGGAAGGUGUUUGUGUUACAAUUGAAAAGUUUGGCAUCAUUCGUCCUCCCCGGGUUAAAUUUCGUAGACCCCUAAAACAAAAAGAUAUAAGUUAUGCAGCACUGGCUAAAGCCUUCGGUUUUCAAGAAAUGGCUAAAGCAAACAGACAUCCAGCACUGAUGAAGACAGCAAUCAUCCAGUAUUGGAUAAAAUCAACAAUUAUCCUAUAG